GUGAAUUUUUUUUUUGUUUUUUUUUGCAUGAUUUUUCAUACUGAAAACAUAAUUCGGCGAGGCGAUAGAGCACCAUAUAAAAAAUGCGAGAAAAUUAUUGACAAAAGUGAAGCAACAACGUUGUGCUUUAAUCAAGACUCCACCUAUUUCGGAUCUGAAAUGCAACAUAUUUGUUUACAUUUCACACCGAGGCUGUCAUUUAAAAAUCUAAGUUUACCAGCAUUAAAAACAGAAAAAAAAAAGAUUAAACUGCUUCUUUCCUUUCUAUAACGAAAAGGCAAUGCUUUAAGUAAGUUACUUUUAGAAUUAAGUCCUAUAUUUCUAAAGAAGAAUUUUAUAUUAAUUAUUUUGUGUGUCUGAGAGCAAUUAACUCAUUUGUCAUACAAAAUAGUUGAUACGAAACUGACAUUCCCUUUAAGCAUUUGAUUUCGCAUGUAGUGAAAUUUCCUUAUUCUUUUCGUUGUUUGGUUUGUAUCAUAAUGUCUCGCGCUAAACAACCUAGCCGGAAAAUGAUAAGUACAGAUAUCAUUGAGGAUGAAGAAAUUACGCAAGAGACUUGGACAUUUUCUGAUCUUUUUCAACAGACUUCCACGAAAGAUACAGCAAUGAUGUGGUUAGCGAAAUACAAGCUUAUAAGCAAUUCUUUUCUGUGUCCCACUUGUAGUAACCCUUGUUCAUUUGUCACUCGCAACAGUGGUGGCGAUGGAAAACGAUGGAGCUGUCGAAAGCAUAACUUCGUUCGAUCGGUACGCAAAGGAUCGUUUUUUGAAAAUAGUCAUCUCUCGUUGACAACGUUUCUAUGGUUUAUGUAUAUGUGGUCAAGAAAUUAUCUACAUAAUGAAAUCACCUUUGAAACAGAUAUCUGUACAACAUCAAGUAUUGACCUGUUUAGGCUCAUCCGGGAACUACUAGAACGAUUUCUGGAAGACCACCCCACUGAAUUAAAUGACUCACCUGAAAUAGGCGGCUUAGAUUUACAGACAGGUGAACCAAAAGUCGUUGAAAUAGAUAUAACUACAUUUUCCAGAUCUAAAUCUAAUAAAAGGCAUUUGAAAGGAUUUCGUGUUUUUGGUGGAAUUGAACGUGGCACUGACAAAUGUUUCCUUGUACCCCUUGAGCAUGAAAAUAAAGACGCAUUCGAAGCUGCAAUUAUCCGAUGGAUUUUACCAGGCACUCAUAUCGUAUCAGAUAUAUGGGCUGAAUAUCUUCAAAUUGAACAGUUUGAACAAGGCAUAUAUACUCAUGAAUAUAUAGACUAUGAAAACCCAAAUGAUCCAGAAAUCCACAUUCAAAAUAUCAACAAAAUGUGGCUCAGAUUCAGGCAACAGCUGCGACGAAGACAUUCAAUUAAUAACAAAGCUUUAUUUUAUUCUCAUUUAACAGAAUUUAUGUGGAGAUCUCACUUUAAGAAUAAUGAUAAAUUCGCUGCCCUAAUUUACUGUAUCAAACAUUUGUAUAAAGUCUAAUAUAUUUGCUUUUA